CCCGGAAAGCUCGUCGCCAUCCAGACAGUGCAGUUGAAGAGAAGAGAGAGAGCGAUAUAUCUCACAGGCUGGAUUGUUUGUUACCGUUUUAAUCCUAUUAAUUAAAACGUUAACCUGAUUGGUGGAAGCACGGUCCCAACAGGCAACCCUUCAUAAUAACCUGCUCGGAGAUAAUGAUGUAAAAGACUCCCGUCUGCUGAUCGCCACGGAAAUAUCUUGAAGGUGAAUCCAAGCAGAUAAGCGUUACGAGGUGCUCAUCACCAUUACCAUCAACGGCAGCAGCAGCAUAUCGGGACAGAUCACAGGGUUAAAAAAAAGUGCACACAUCACGAUCAAGUGGUGGAGAGAUCAAAGGGUGGGGGGCAAGCUAAGAUAUUAAAAGAGUAGUUUAUGCAACCACAACGAAAUCCCAGCCAACGGACUUGACCUGGCGAGAAUGGAAAGGAGCCUCCACCUCAAUGGACCACAAGAGGAUCGUUUUCGCCAAACUCUCAGCGCCUCGGCUAAAAGGCUGGAGAGUACUUUCCGCCCGGCUGCCGCUAUCGAGCUAUCUCUGCCCGAGCCCCGCUCGCCGAUGGUGUGCUUCGAGCAAGCCGAUGCCGACCCGGCGCAUCAGCAGCCAGGGGGAGAGGCUGGAGGGGGCAGCGGACAGUACGCCGAGCACCAGGUCAACUCUUGCCGGGAGAGCAGCGGAGGCGACCAGAGCUUGGACGAGGACAGCGACGAGCGCUGCGAGCUGAUGCUGGGCAUGCAAGGAGGCCGUGAGCAGGCAAAAGGGGCCGUGGGGCCGACCGGCAAGAAGAACAAGGAGCAGCGAGCCCUGAGGCUCAGCAUCAACGCCCGGGAGAGGAGGCGCAUGCACGACUUAAACGACGCGCUGGACGAGCUGAGGUCGGUGAUCCCUUACGCGCACAGCCCUUCAGUCAGGAAGCUCUCCAAGAUCGCCACUCUGCUUCUGGCCAAGAACUACAUCCUGAUGCAGGCUCAGGCACUGGACGAGAUGAGGAGGCUGGUGUCGUACCUCAACCAGGGCCAGAGCUUGCCGGCGGCAGCGCUACCGUCCUCCGCCGCCGCCCUAACCCCCAGCUUGGGUGCCUACGAGCAAGCGGCGGCUGGCGGAUACCCAUUCACCGCCAGCGGCUUAGUGGCAGCUACGGCGGCGGCAGCCAGCUGCCCCGACAAGUGCGCUACCACCGCGGCUCUUUACAACACGUCCAGUCUGUGCAAACAGUGCAGCGACAAGCCUUAAACAGACAAACAGUAAAACCCAAGGACAAUUUCCAUCGCGAGGGGCAAAAAUAAACAGUUGGGUAUCAACAACUGAACAAGACUUAUGUUUAGACCUGGGUCUUUGAACAGAAGUGUUGUUGGAAAAGUUUGAUCGAGAAACUAUAGAUACGAGAAAGUUUUUGUUUUGUUUUGAGGGCGGGUGUAUAUUUUAAUUUUCAUUUGGACUAUGGACUCUCCGUGUUAAAACUACCGGCCUCAAUUGGUUCAGAGGUUCCAUCAGUGUCAGUAGCUACUAUGGACUGUUGUAUUAGAUUCAUCCACCGCUUUCUAAGACUCUGUCUGCUGUGAUUACGGCUGCGGUACAGCUACAUUUCAGACUGCUUCCGUUAACGGUGUGUUUUCAAACUGUCUUCAGAUUAAACAUAAAAUCUGUGUUUUUUUGUUUUUUUUUAAUAGAUAAUCAUUAUCACAAAUUGUUGCAGAAGUGAAAAAGGAUUUUCAGGAAUCAAUUAUUUCAUGUGACAAACAACUUGAUGUCAAUUUAUUUCUUAACUGUGAACGAGUUGGGUUUUAUAAGAAUAUGGGGUUUAUGAUACUGUUACAUUAUAUGGUUUUAUUUGUGUUUUCGGCCUCUGUACAGAUCACGAAGUGUUAAAAUAUUUUUGUUACGUUUCUUAUGACAAAAAACGCUAUUUACCCAAAGUGAGCUUUUUUGUUUGCAUGACGGCACAGUGCCUGUCCAUCUGCAAUAUAUAAAUAUAUAAAUAUCAUAUAAAGUAUGUAUAAAAUUGACUUGCCAUGUUUCUACUGCUGUUGCGUGUUUGAUUUGCAGUUUGUGCAAACUCUGCCUGACAUGUUGGUGCCAUUGCCUCUCUUAAAGGGUCUGUUGGCAGCUCAUGAUGUAUGAGAGUGGUGAUAUACAAGUCUGGCCCUGAUUAUAAUAUAUAGCCAUUUCUAUGUGUUAUCCGUGUUGGAAGACAAAUUUAUUAAACAUAUUUUGAACAAAUGAUAUCUAUUCAAUUUAUGUUUUAUAAGCAAAAAAAAAGUAGUGUGAGUGGCACAGGCCGCAUGAUACAUCAAGUGAAGGCUUAGAGGUGUGACAUUAUACGGCUGUAAUGGCCUUCGUGGUGAAAUAAGCUUUGAAAAUGCAAAACUGUUGAAGAAAUUAUCACCACUAAUAGAAAAUAAAACGGUUUCGAGAGAUUCUGACAGAUUGAUCAUCGGGCAGAUUUAAGAUUCAAACUCCUUUCAAGUCUAUCUGCGAAGAAACAUUUUUUUUUUAAGGUAUUGCAGGACACGAUAUAACAGAAUGUGAAAUGACGACAUAUGGCGAGGAGCUGGGCUGUACUCUUCCGCUUGAUGGGAAUUUGCAUAAACCCCUUUUCAUGGCUAUUUCUUGUCAUUAUUAAAUGAUAGAGAUUUUUUAUAAUCCUUUAAUUUGUUCUUCUGCUACGCGGCCACAGUGAAUGGCGAAUGGAAGAAAACUCAAGCCAUGAAGUGCAGUUGACCGGAUUUAAAGUAGGGGUUGUCCAUGUUGUUUUAAUAUUCAAUAUUGCUAUUUGUCCUCAGUCCCCGACCAUAUGCCUUAGACGAGGCUAAACGUGGUCCAACUGGAAAUAAUAUUUUCUGCUCCACUUGCUAUCAAAUGAUUAAUCAGAACCUGUAACUUUUCAGGAAACAUAACUAUCUGUGCCACAAAGCAAUAGCACACAGCCGACACAGAAGGGUUCACUAGCCCGAGGCCAAAUGAAAUGUCUCUCAGCAUUAGAUUACAAAGCCUCGGUGCACCUAAUUAUGAUUAUUAAAACAAUUUCCAUGACGAUGUCUAAUAUUAUGUUAAUUUGAAAACAACUGUGUAUGAAAACUGUCGACUAUAAUACCUAAAUUCAUUUAAUGAAACACAUCGUUAAGGCAAUUAAACCUCCUGGAUGUGAUUAAGGAACAUAAUUGCGACACUGUUCAUUGCCAUAAUUGGGUGUCUUUAAUCAAGGGGUAUAGUGAGGAGCAACACUGCCAUUACUUUGUAUUGUUCUCACUCUGCUGUCCAUCACUAUGAUUACGAAUUAGACAUAACCAGCAGACCUUUGGCUUAAUAACGUGAUUGAAUGUUGUCGAAGCAAUAUUUGCUGCCCAUCGUUUUGAUUAUUUCUUUUCAUUUUACUGUGGUACUGUAGACAUUGUCAAAAAGGAAUUCCGCGUUUAUUUUGUAAAGAAACAACCCUCUGCAACUUCAGCUUAAGUGGUAUUUCGAGUUCCCUCAUCAUUUACAGCGCGAGUGAUAAGUUAUCGAUACCUUUCGGAUCAAUACGUGAUGGUCUAAAGGGAAAAAAAAGUACACGGGGCGUUUUCGUCUGAGGUUUAGAAUCUACUGAUUGGUCUCUCAAAGCCUGAGUGAUGCCAGACAUUGAGAGCAGCAAUUCCACUGAUAUCGAAUACCGCAGGGAAUUACAACUAACAAGGGGCAAUGAUAUAUCAAAGGCUUUACCACAACACGGAAAUUGCCACUGAAUUUCUAGGUAAAGCGAUUAUUUUCCUCUCCAAGUGUCCGUGCAAUGAUGCCAGAACUCCGAAACAGCCAAUAUUAAUACAAUUAAAAUACAGUCUGGAAAGGAAAGACACAUUUUACUGGAAAAUGUAAACAGAAUUCGCAUCAUCUUCUACAUCCGACGACUCAAUUUACCUGACUCUCUCCCCCCCCCCGGGUCAUGCCAGGAUUGUUAGACUAGUGACUUCAUCAAAGCACCAAUAUCACGAAUAGUUCCCAAAUGAUGUCUUUAAGAGACACAACUGGGUUGUCGGAUCAUUGGGCCAUUGAUGGCUGCGACCACACGUAAUUUAGUCAACAUUUUUUUCUACCGUUGUGCUUUUUAGUACUUUCACGUUGAUUUUUUGUUUAAUUUAACUCACUAGAAUAUUGAAGAUUGUUGUUUUGUUGGGGAUAACUACUGAAUCUCUGGAUGAAGGGCGAUUCUAAUCCCAUGGAUGUCCCAGCAUGAGUGACAUUGACUUUCAUAAUGUAAUGACUUAUGAAAGAUAUAAUCAUGUGUUAAAUUGAAUCCUCCGUUUAACUGUUAAUGGUGUGCUCAGGGCACAUUUAUGUAUUAGAUGCUAUGGUAACUAAUUACUGUACCGCUGGAAAAAAAAGAGGCGAUAUUGUACGUUCAGGCUUUGAGAAAUAAUUAUUAGAAUCCACGUUUUGAGGAACCACAUUACUCUUGCGCGAAUUAAUGAACUGCCUGUAGGAUAACAACACAUUUUAACGUGACUUUACAUAUUGGAGACUUUACCAGUUUUGGAAUAGUAAGGAAGACAUUGGCCUUCAUUACCUGGAGACCCAGACAGAGGAGUGGUUUAUUAUAUUA